UGUGCGAAGCAAAUAAGCCGCAUUUAACAUAUGAAAUAAAAAUUCUAUAUUUAUCUUUAUGAAAACAUCUUAUGACAAAAUGCGGAAAAAUUACGUAUUAAGUUUUCUUUCUGAUAGCGUUUUUGACCGGUACGAAUUGAAUUGCUCAGAAGUGAUUCAAAUAUCGGUAUCGAUCAAAAACGCUAUAAACAUUGUUUUUAUUUUCCAAAGAUCUAAAGAAUAAAAUUUGCAUAUUAAUACAUCAAUCAUAAAUUUUUUCAUGUAACUUUUCUAUCAAAAAGCAACAAGCGAUUCUGUCAGUUACGUAUAGUUUUACGUGGAAUACUUGCGCAUGCGCAAGGACAUUUCACAAAAUCUAGUCGCAGUGGAAAGAAUCGUGUUCUUUUUUUGCGUGUUUGCGAUCAUCUGUAAUUCUCCAGGUGCUGGCAUAUGUCCUGGUGAAGAGGUCAAGUUGCGCGAUGCGGGACGACGCGGACGGUGUGUUGGACGAGGAGCAAUGGCGGCUGGAAGCGCAGGCAGUGAUCAAUGACGUAAGAAAACACGUGCAGGAUCUGAAGGUGUCCGAACGGCUCACCAGCACGAAUCAAAUCAUCUACUUGAACUUGACCACAUUGGAGGGUCUGCGAUUUUGCGUGGAAUUGUCGGCUGCCGGUUUUACCAUCGUCGGCAAUCGUCACGACGACACGUCCAACACCGGCAACGAGCGUUUCGAGACGCCGUACAGUUUAUUGGACUUUGUCAGCCCACAGUACAGAAACUCUUUCGGCAAUACAUUGUUGGACAAGCUGAAGGAGUUAAGCAGUCAACAGUAAGCUUUUUUGUGCAAAACACUGAAAGGGUCCAAUUGAUUUCUCGAUUAUAAUACCACAAUUGCUUAAAAUCGUUUUAAAUUGCUUUCUCGUGAUUGGUUACGAGAAGAGUUGCUAUGAAGCAAAAAUAUUUUGUUUAUAAGUUUUGAAUUAUUUUUAAGUUUCUUAUUUGUAAUUGAUUCGAUGAAAAAUAAUCUUGUAUAAACUCAGUGAGUCAUCAUAAGAAAAAUUGAAACGUGCAAGCAAAACUUGCCCAGCUCUUCGCGCCGUCUGUUUUUCUAAAGUUAUAUUUAGGUUUAUAUAUUCUGUAAAAAAAGGAUAUUGGUUAAAUGUAAAAAACUAGAUAAGUAUUAGGAGAAUAUGUACAAACACAUAUGUAUAAAGAAAGAAUAAUUAGAAAGAAAGAUUAGCAAUUAUUUAUUGAUUAUUGUAUU